ACCGUUUACACGGAGAUAGGAAAACCGAUUCAAGCAUUAAUUUAUUUUACACAAUAAUUACUCGUACCCAGGAAUCCCUAGUAUUAUAAACUAUAUCAAAAAUAACCAGUGGAAUAGAAAUACCUUUAAUAUACAUCUACCAACUUUAUACAAAAAAAAAACAACAAAACGUAUCCGGUCACAAUACGAAACCAUGCCUCUGCCACUUAACGGGAGCGGAAUCGAAAACGAAACUAGUUGUUUGGAAAGACAGAAUAAAUGGAAUGAAUUGGCGUAAUGGCUGAAGGAGGCGACGUUACACCAAUCAAAGACGGAUCAGAUGCUCGCUUUGAUAUUGUCUGUACUCCGUGUGGAGAAGGCGACGUCAGAGAAGAAGCUGUCAAAUAUUGCCCUGACUGCCAGGAGUAUCUGUGUACAACGUGUACGAUACAUCAUGGUCGUCAAAAGGCUACACGUUCUCAUAAGCUACUAGACAGAGAUACUGCCAAGCAAGGGUCGGUGUCUGCCGUGACAACAAAAUGCCGCUACCAUCCAGACCGAGAUAUCGAGAUGUACUGUGCAGGGCAUGACAUGGUUUAUUGUCUGAAGUGUAUAGUAACUGAUCAUAGGGCCUGCAGUGGGGUGAUUGGUAUAAAAGAAAUAAAGACGUCGCCCAUUCAACAAAACGUGGUAGACCGUUUACAGAAUGACGCGAGUAACAUUCAAGAGCGUUUAGAAAACACUAAUAAGAAGACACAGAAAAACACUGAAUGUCUCAAAGAGCAAAGAGAUUGCAUUCUGUGGAAACUCGAGGAGGCUGAGCGAAGCUUGAUAGAACAUAUCCGGGAAUUAAAACAUGAAGCGGCAAGUACUCUUAACAGGAACUAUAAAUCACUCAAGGAAGAACUGAAAUCUAAUACCAACCUGAUUGCAAAAAUGGAAAAGGAAAUAAAGAAUGCAGGCAGCCAGUUGCAUAUAUUUACAAGAAUGGAUGCGGGACAACAGUUUGUUGAGAUGAAACUGAUUCAACAUACUGUAAAUGAUGCAGUAAAAUUGGUAGAAGACAGCGAGGCAAAAGGUAGUAAAGCAUUAUGUUUUACAGAAAAUACAGAUUUAAAGACUUCAAUUUUGAAAGCAACUUCUUUCGGACAUCUGAAUACAGUUACAGAAAGUGACCGUCAAACUGCCAAAGGAAUAUACAACGCGAAACCAAAGAAGGAGGUUAAUAUCAAAAUGCAAAACGACUGCAACCCGUAUUAUAUAACUGAUGUAUGUCAGCUACAGGACGGUACGAUCAUACUGGCCGAUGUCAAUAAUAGUAAGAUUAAGAGGCUUGAUAUGAAGUACAACAUCAAGGAUCAUCGUGACAUUGAUAACAAUCCCAGUGGCAACUGUUGUCAAAGUGUCAAAGGAAUAUACAAGGUGAAAUCAAAGAAAGAGAUUAAUGUCAAAAUGCAAAAAGACCGUACAACGUGUUAUAUAGUUGAUGUAUGUCAGCUUCAGGACGGUACGAUCAUACUGGCUGACUGCGAUAAUGGGAAGAUUAAGAGGCUUGAUAUAAAUUACAAUAUCAAGGAUCACUGUGCCCUAGGUCACUAUUUAAUGGGUAUCUGUUGUACUGGUCAGAAUGAAGUCGCUGUGAAAAUGUACAACAACAAGGUUCAAUUUAUAUCUGUCGGCAGUUCAUUUUCUAAGCAGAGAGAAAUAUCUGUAGCAGGUGGAAUCUAUUGGGGAAUGGCUUACAAUGCUGGAGAGAUGUGGAUAUCUACCGGAAGUGGUGUCAAUGUCUACAGUACAUCUGGUAGCCUACUAAAAACUAUUAGCAAAGGUAUCAAUGGUCGGGAUAUAUUUAAAUCGUUUACUCACCAUAUGGCUGUCAGUGGAGAAACUAUUAUCGUGACAGACAACAGUGAUAGAGCCGUCUGUCUUGGAAGGGAUUACACGGUACAAAGAGAAUUGCGGGAUAAAAGACUUGUCGGCACAAGAGGUGUAUGUGUAUCUAGUGAAGGAACCGUGUUCCUGUCUGGAUACAAUUCACACAAUAUUGUGAUGUUUAAUGAGAACUGGAAACGUCUCGGAGAGUUGGUAACUGGUCUAAAGAAUCCAGUCGCAUUGCAUUAUGACGACAAAAGGAAAUAUUUAAUUGUAACAUGUUCUGAAAAAAUAUUUAUUUUUGAUAUAUCUGCUUAAAUUUACAAUAUAUUUGAUAAAAUUUA